AUUGUAGACUCAAAUAAAUUUCAAAGUGCAUGUAAUGUAUGUAAGCAUGCAUACCAAAAUGUUUUGUUUCUAUGAGAUUUUCUUAGGUAAAAGUAGAAUGUGUAUGGUACUAAUGUCUGAUAACUGAAAUUAGCAUUUUGUAUUUUUUUCUGAGGAAACUUAUUUGAUGGCAAAAUGCAAGAAAUUAUAUUGAAAUCCAUCACGAACAUUAUCACAGUAAAGUCCUAUGAUCAUUUUACGUUCCUGUGUGCUUUUAAACAGAGCAUAAUCAGUAUUUUUAUGUUGCUCUCCGCCCCGCUGACACAUCCCUAAGUUCUCCCGCAGAGUUUCGCGGCUGGCUCGCUGUUCCCCAGCCACAUUCGCAAAAGAAGAUGCUGUUCCUUUAAAAUGAAGAGGCUCAUGGAGUUGUUUUCACUAGCGCAGGUUUUUAUAUGGUACAGUAGGCUCCAUGCAAAUGAGCUCUGCCCUCUCCGGAGGCACAAAGGCGCUGCAGCCCUCGCUCGGCGUUCGCGUGUGGAAAGCGGCAGAUGGAUGGAUGGAGGGAGGGAGGCACGGCAGCCGCAGGAUUUAUUAGCUGCUCUCAAUAAAAGACCACACUCGCUCCGCAGAGGAUCAGAAAACAGCCUGCUGAAUGGGAUUGAGUUGUCUCUGCUUUCAGCUGACUUUACAAUGAUGUGUUCGGCUCAUGUGACUCGGUCACUUAGCAUGAAGAUCAGCUAAAGAUUUGCUGUAAAUCUGUGCUCCGUUCAGCCCCGCCGGGCCCGAGUGCCGGUCCGAGGCUCCUUUGGCUGUCGGGGCUCCGCUGCUGCUCCGGGUGCACACCUGAGGAUGCCUGCCUGAAACCCCCUCAUAAACACAGCUCUCGCCGAAGUUUGAUUCCUGUAUCUCAUGAAAUCCUUCCGAGUCUGAAGUUAGGUUCUUCUUAAAUGCACUGAUUAUGUUCAGAAGUUAUAAAUAGACUCUCUUCCUAAGCUUUUACCGGGAGAUGAAAUCUGUUGCUUUAGCUUUCUGCUAAAAAAAAUGAAGGUCAUUGCGGCAAUAGGUUGUACAUUAUAUUUGCAAUACUUUCUUUUUUCCUUUUUAAUCUAGAAAAGGGCAUGUGUAGGACAAAGGCUUCUUGACAUGCUCAGUAAUGUAAAUGAUACUGGGACGAGCAUACCUGGAUUUUUGGCUUUACUGAAAUGGUGUUCGGUAUAGCUAGAAGCUUUGUUGUUCUAUUUUUCAACACAUGCUGUAUGCUCAUGUUUUAAAAUGGACCUAAAGGGGCAAAGCCCUUUCUGACCUUGCUGGAGCUGUCUGUGUGAAGGUAGCUGGAAAGCAGAAACUGCAGGACAGACUGAAAAAGCCUCAGCUGAAGUCUGCUUUUUUCCUUUUUCCCCCCCCCCUCUGCCUUUUUGCUAUGGAUGACGAUGAGGGAAGGGCUACUUCAGACAGCUCUGUCAGUGAUGAAUAGAUGAAUGAAUCCUUAAAUGUUCAGAACUUGCAACAUGUGUUCCAGACCCUUCAGCGCAUGAGAGUUGCAAGAUCUCAGCAAUGAGCUGAAGAAUGUGCCGUGCCUGCUGCAUGGAGGAGCCCAGCAUGCCUCAGAGAUAGCAGAAACAAAAGAAUGUGUGACACUAUCUGAAGAAUCUGACAGUUGCUUUGUCUUGCAGAGGAGUAAAGGAAUUUUUCAAAAUUGGGAAAAAUAAAAUUUCCAUGGUUUUCCUAGCGAGAAAGAAUUUUUCUGUAUUUUAGGUGCCAGUGUAUCAUUCUGUGUGCCCACAGUAUUGCUUUUUUAGUUAGCAUGACUGUGUGUUUUUUAAGGGAAAUGUGACCUGGAUUUUGUGAGCUUAUUACACCCAGUAAAUGAAGGCAGCUGUUUUAGCUUUCUGAUCCCUUAUAACAGCUCAGGUCAAUUGAAAUAAAGCAAAAAUGCCUGUGAAUGGGAUCUGAAUUAAAUUCCACUCUUUGGCCUUACGUGGAGUUGUGGAUUAUUAUUGUUAUAUAUUUGUAGACAGUUGUGUGUAUGAGGGGAGUGAGACAUCCAUCCUUGAAAAGAUUUAGGAAAGUCGAACAGAUUUUUUUUCUAAUAUGACCUGCUAAGUCUGCCACAAAGAGGCAGGUAAAAUUACAAACAGAUAGUCAGAGAGUGUGGCUGCAGUUCUUCCUGACAGGCAAGUGAAAGACCAUGUCCUAUUUUUAGCAAGUGGACGGAGGGCGAGUGGGAGGGGGAGAAAAGUUUGAAAAUAAUGGACUUCCUUUGCAGUUAGAGAGCAAAGCUAGUGAGAAGUAAGUGAGCUUUAGUGAUCAGCAGUGGAAAUAUGGAUGAUUCAAGUAUUCUUCGAAGGAGAGGGCUGCAGAAAGAGCUCAGUCUCCCCAGAAGAGGAAGCUUCUGUCGGACAAGCAACAGGAAGAGUUUGAUUGUAACAUCCAGCACAUCUCCAACUCUCCCACGGCCACAUUCCCCUCUUCAUGGACACACAGGUAGCAGCCCCUUGGACAGUCCCAGGAACUUCUCUCCAAAUGCACCUGCUCAUUUUUCCUUUGUUCCUGCCCGAAGCCAUGGACACAGAGCAGACAGGACGGACGGACGCCGCUGGUCCUUGGCCUCCCUUCCUUCAUCUGGAUAUGGAACAAACACUCCCAGUUCAACAGUUUCAUCAUCAUGCUCAUCUCAGGAGAAGCUGCACCAGCUGCCCUUUCAGCCCACGGCAGAUGAACUUCAUUUCCUGACAAAGCAUUUCAGUACUGAGAGCAUCACGGAUGAGGAAGGGCGCCAUUCUCCAGCCUUGAGGCCUCGGUCUCGCAGUCUCAGUGCAGGCUGCAUGGUAAUUGCAUAUGGAUCUGCUAAGUGUAGUUACACAGUAUUCUACAGGAGCAGCCCUGGUCGAUCUCCAGUUUCCUUUGACAGUGAAAUAAUAAUGAUGAAUCACGUGUAUAAAGAGAGGUUUCCAAAGGCCACGGCACAGAUGGAAGAACGGCUGGCUGAGUUUAUUGCCUCGAAUGCUCCUGAGAACGUGCUGCAAUUAGCAGAUGGGGUCCUGAGUUUCAUUCACCAUCAAGUUAUUGAACUGGCCAGAGAUUGCCUAGAUAAAUCACGUGAAGGUCUUAUUACUUCUCGGUACUUUUACGAGCUGCAGGAAAACUUAGAGAAACUUCUCCAGGAUGCCCACGAGCGAUCCGAGAGCUCCGAGGUUGCCUUCGUCACCCAGCUGGUGAAGAAGCUGAUGAUCAUCAUCGCCCGCCCCGCUCGGCUGCUCGAGUGCCUGGAAUUUGAUCCCGAAGAAUUCUACCAUUUGUUGGAAGCUGCAGAAGGCCAUGCCAAGGAAGGACAAGGAAUUAAAUGCGACAUUCCUCGUUACAUUAUCAGCCAGCUGGGACUCACCAGGGAUCCCCUGGAGGAAAUGGCCCAGUUGAAUAGCUAUGACAGCCCAGACACUCCCGAGACAGAUGAUUCAGUCGAGAGCCGUGGGGCCUCCGUCCAGUCAAAGAAAACUCCGUCUGAAGAAGAGUUUGAAACUAUUAAACUGAUCAGUAAUGGUGCUUAUGGAGCGGUGUAUUUGGUGCGGCACAAGACCACCCGCCAGCGUUUUGCCAUGAAGAAGAUCAACAAACAGAACCUGAUCCUGAGAAACCAGAUCCAGCAGGCCUUUGUGGAGAGAGAUAUCCUGACAUUUGCUGAGAACCCCUUUGUGGUCAGCAUGUUCUGCUCCUUUGAGACCAAGCGGCACCUGUGCAUGGUUAUGGAGUAUGUGGAAGGAGGUGAUUGUGCUACACUCCUCAAGAACAUUGGUGCUCUACCCGUUGAUAUGGCGAGGAUGUAUUUUGCUGAGACUGUUCUGGCACUGGAGUACCUGCACAAUUAUGGGAUUGUUCACCGUGACCUAAAACCUGAUAAUCUCCUGAUAACUUCAAUGGGUCAUAUUAAACUAACAGACUUUGGACUGUCCAAAAUUGGGUUAAUGAGUCUUACAACUAAUCUUUAUGAGGGCCACAUUGAGAAGGAUACCAGGGAAUUCCUGGACAAGCAGGUCUGUGGGACUCCAGAGUACAUUGCACCAGAAGUGAUCCUGCGCCAGGGCUAUGGGAAGCCCGUGGACUGGUGGGCCAUGGGAAUCAUCCUCUACGAGUUCCUGGUGGGCUGUGUUCCUUUCUUUGGGGACACACCUGAAGAGCUCUUUGGACAAGUGAUCAGUGAUGAAAUUGCCUGGCCAGAAGGAGAUGAUGCACUGCCCCCAGAUGCCCAGGACCUCAUUUCUAAGCUUCUCCGCCAAAAUCCUCUGGAAAGAAUGGGAACAGGUAGUGCCUUUGAAGUGAAGCAGCAUCGGUUCUUUAAAGAUCUGGACUGGAAUGGAUUACUCCGGCAGAAAGCUGAAUUCAUCCCACAGCUGGAAUCUGAGGAUGACACAAGUUAUUUUGACACCCGUUCAGAACGGUACCAGCACCUGGAUUCAGAAGAAGAGGAGGACACUAAUGAUGAUGAUCACGUGGAAAUUCGGCAGUUUUCCUCCUGCUCGCCCAGGUUCAGCAAGGUGUACAGCAGCAUGGAACGACUUUCCAUCCACGAGGAGAGGAAGACUCCACCACCAACCAAGCGGAGCCUGAGCGAGGAGAAGGAUGAUCGGCUUGACAGCCUGGGGGGCUUGAAGAGCCGGGACCGCAGCUGGGUCAUUGGCUCUCCUGAAAUCCUGCGCAAGCGCCUGUCCAUGUCCGAGUCCUCGCACACGGAGAGCGACUCCAGCCCGCCGCUGACGGUGCGGCGCCGCUGCUCGGGGCUGCUGGACAUGCCGCGCUUCGCCAUCUCCGCCGAGGACGAGGGGGCCGCCCUCAAACGGCCCCAGUCCGAGGGGAUGCUGCUGUGCACGGUGCAGGCGCGGGAAGGACUGCCCCUGCCCAUUCCAGAACAGCCUGUGGAGCACGAGCUGCAGCUGGAAGGAGAUGCUGGAGCCACCACCCCUUCCACGGCCGCCGGCAGCACCUCAGCGCUGACAGCUGGGAGCACUGCAGAUUUCUCUGAUCCACGAGCUCGCAGUAAUAGCAAUGAAGGCCCAGACUUUACCACUCCAAAAGCCAUCAGCGAUUUGGCAGUGCGGCGGGCACGACACAGGUUGCUCUCUGGGGAAUCAGGGGAGAAACGUACCUCGAGACCUGUCAAUAAAGUGAUUAAAUCAGCAUCUGCUACUGCCUUGUCUCUCCUGAUUCCCUCAGAUCACCACACGUGUUCUCCAUUGGCCAGUCCAAUGUCACCUCAUUCUCUCUCCUCCAACCCAUCUUCGAGGGACUCCUCACCCAGCCGCGACUUUUCUCCUGCUAUCGCAAACCUGAAACCACCAAUCAUCAUCCAUCGGGCUGGAAAGAAAUACGGUUUCACUCUGCGCGCCAUUCGCGUCUAUAUGGGUGACAGUGAUAUCUACACUGUGCAUCACAUGGUCUGGCACGUGGAGGAAGGGGGUCCAGCAAACGAAGCCGGUCUGCGGGAAGGGGAUCUGAUCACCCACGUCAACGGGGAGCCGGUGCACGGGCUGGUGCACACCGAAGUGGUGGAGCUGAUUCUGAAGAGUGGAAAUAAAGUGUCCAUCUCCACCACACCAUUUGAGAACACAUCCAUCAAAGUUGGUCCAGCUCGAAAAGCCAGCUACAAAUCCAAGAUGGCUCGUAGGAACAAGAAGAGCAAAACAAAGGAUGGCCAGGAAAGUAAGAAGAAGAGUUCUCUGUUGAGGAAGAUCACUAAACAAGCAUCGCUGCUUCACACCAGCCGGAGUUUAUCAUCCCUGAACCGGUCUCUGUCAUCUGGAGAAAGUGUGCCUGGCUCUCCAACUCACAACCUGUCUCCUCGGUCACCAACCCAGAGCUACAGAUCCACUCCAGAGUCUGUACACUCAGUUGGUGGCAAUUCUUCUCAGAGCAGCUCUCCCAGUUCCAGUGUUCCCAAUUCUCCAGCCAGCUCUGGACACAUCCGACCCAGCUCUCUGCAUGGCCUAGCACCAAAGCUGCAGAGGCAGUACAGAUCUCCAAGGCGUAAAUCUGCAGGAAACAUCCCUCUGUCCCCCCUGGCUCACACUCCAUCACCAACCCCACAGUCCACGUCACCACAGCGCUCCCCAUCUCCUUUGCCAGGACACUCAAUUGGCAGCUCCAGUAUUAUCCAGUCUUUCCCAGUAAAACUACACUCCUCUCCACCACUGGUAAGACAAAUUUCUCGCCCCAAAAGUGCUGAGCCCCCUCGGUCCCCUUUGCUGAAGAGAGUGCAGUCGGCCGAGAAGCUGGCUGCCUCUCUGUCCUCCUCUGAGAAGAAGCUGGGCUCCUCACGGAAGCAUAGCUUGGAUAUCUCCCACUCUGAGUUCAAGAAGGAGAUGUUACAGCGGGAUCCCAGCCUCCAGAGCCUGCAGGAAUCUGCCAACGAAACAACAGGCGGCAAACUGGGGCUGGCAGAGAAGGGGAUGCUGCAGAAGCCGGGCUCACGGAAGCUGGGUGCCAUUCGGCAGGACAGGGUGGAGAGGAGGGAGUCUCUGCAAAAGCAGGAGGCCAUCAGGGAAGUAGAUUCUUCUGAAGAUGAAACAGAUGAUGGUUCGGAAGAUAGUCAGGAUGGGAGAAGGCUGGACAAGCCCUGUGGCAGUGGAGACCAAGGCUCAGAUUCUUUUAAUGAGGAUAAUAAGUUUUCAUCUAAAUUGGAGAGCAAGGAUAGUAUUGAAGAUGAUGCCUUUCUACCUGAAGAGCCAAAAGGUACAGAAGAUUUGCAGAAAGGAAAUACUCAACAAGCAAAGCCUGUUUCAGAGCCACUGCAAAUCAGUGUGCACCCCUCCCCACCAGAGCUCCCCUCAAGAACUUCUCCAGAAAAACUAGCCAAUUCAGAAAAGCCAUUCCUAAAAUCAGAAACAACUGCAAAGGAGCAUAAAUUGCCAGAAAACAAAACUUUGGAGUGUUUUGGUCCAAAAGACAGGUCUUCUGAAGCAAUCAAAGAUCUUGGGAGAACUCCAGGUACUCAAAAACCAGUAGAUCUCACCGAACAUAUGCAGUGCCCAUCUAUCAAACUCCUGGAACUUGAAGAAGGUGAUUCUUCUGGGGCCUCCUGUGGUAAACUUGACUUGAAAGAGCCUGUGCUAACAGAAAGCAGUCAGAAAAAACAGGAUUCCAAACCUCUGCUGGCACUUUCCUCAUGGUGCACAGCAAACACGAGCACUCCUGUCACGGUGAGCCCCCCAGACCGCAGUGAGAAGGGUCUCAAGGAGAUACCUCAGCCUGUGGAACAGCGCAGCCCCUCAUUUCUGUCUCCUGGGAACACCAGUGAAACAUCCCAAAGAAGUCCUAGCCCUGACAAGCAGCAGCCCAGCUCGUCCCAGGCAGAGGGUGCUUUAACCUCCAGCAAAACCAGCCCAGCAGGAGCCGUGUCCUCCCCUCUCCUCAUCCCCGGUGCCAUCGAGCGCGCGCUCUCCGCGUCCCAGUUAGUGCCCCUGGCCCAGAGCGUCUUGGGCCCUUUGAAGCUCAGUAUGUCUGGCUCUGGAGAGGUGGAAACGAGAAAGGAUUUGGGUGCCUCCUCUAAAGAGGAGAGAGAUUUGAAACAAAAAAGGCAGGAAAUUUCAGAAGUAGGAGAAUGUCAAGAGAAAGCCAAACCCUCUAGCACAGAUGGUCUGACCACGAGGAGCGGGUCCUGUGCAGAGUCCUCACACCCAGCAAAGCCCUGGGAGGCAGCGUGUCCCGUGGGGGCCAACAAGGAGGCAACAUGUCCUGUGGUGGUCAAAAAGGAGGCACUUUUUUGCAGUGCUAAAGCGUCUGAGGCAUUGGCAGGGAGCUGCAAAAUCACUCCAUCAAAAGAGCUGUCUCAUGCUCUUGGACAAGCAGCUCUGAGAGCAUCUCCUCUGCCAGAUGGCAGCACGAGGCCCUGUAAAGAAGGGACUCUGGCACAAGCAAAAAGCAAAGAGGUUGGAAAUCAGUUAAAAAUACAAGACUUUCCCCCAUCACAUGAUGAUGCUGUAAAGAAAACAUAGCAGCAUUGCUGGUACUCAUGGACUGGAGUGUUCUACAUUCGAAAUAGAGACUGCAUGUUUGAAUUUUGUAAUAUACACUAAUAUAAAAUAGAACUUGUGUACAUCUAUUUUUGGGAGGGUUUUUUUCAUACUGUUUUUUGUGUUUUUUCAUCCUUGCUAUUCUAUUUUUGUACACAGUAGUGCUUGCUGUUUGAGGUCUCUUUAGAACAGGGUAUCUUUUAAGCAGGGCUUAAGAAACACUUUAGUUUCUUUUUUUUUUUCCUUACAUGCCUUUUAUUUUACCUGAGUUGAGGGCCUGAUGUGCUUUUCCCUCUAAUUCUGCAUUCAUUUGACAUCCCAAAAAUUCUGUGUGCAAAAAAAGCAGCUUAUUUUUAAAUUUCUGCUUUUCAACAUUCUCUUUGAAAUUCCAUUGAAAUUCACAAAUGUCAAGUUUUUGCUCCAGUUUUACAAUCUGAUGUCCCUUGACAAGAAUAAGAACUCUUGUCUGCAAGUUAUUCUGAAACUACAGACCUUCUUUGGUGCAAGUAAAACCUCUUUGUCACCAUGUGUCUUCACAGUCCUGUGUCCUUAGAAGAUGUGGAGACAAAGGACUUGGCUGGAGAGACUGGACAGAGAGAGAGCCCUGUCUUCUCUUUAAAACAAGAAAAUAAUAAUUCCUCUCUUUCAAUGGAAUUAUCAGAAAGAGAAAUCUCCAAUCCGUAAGCUGGCUUUUUUUGGGGAUUGUUUUUACUUAUCUAUGUGGGACACAUGGCAACUUUUCCCUCUGGUUUUAAAAUUUUAGUGAUGUUUUAUCUUUCUUUCUCUGACUUCAAUUCAUACCCUGCCUCAGAGUAAGUGACCCCAGGAAGGGGUGCCUGUAGGUUGGUUUUAAAGUAGAAAAUUUGUAGUUGCGUAUUCUCCAGUGUGUCUGGCAAAGUUAUCUCAAUGAAAAACGACCUUUGGAGACUUUUCCUUCUCUUGGUGAGUCUAAAUAGGUAGGGAUUGUAAGGUGUCCCUUAACAUUUCUGAACUGGGGCUUGGGAAACUUGCUGAGUUUUCUGAAUCUGCCCAUUUUAAAAACAAACCUAUGAAGAAUUCAGACUCCUCGAGUUCUGUGGUCAAGCUGCAAGCAGACUUCAAAACACAUGUGAUAUUUACAGAUUUCAGCUUUAAUAGCUAGAUCAUUUCCACUGCUGAGGUCACUUUGCAUUAAAAGCUUACUCUUUGCUCCUAGGUUUAGACAUCGCUUUGCUCUAAGUGUGACCGACUCUGGGUGACAGUGCUCCUUGCUGAGGACUAGACCAAUAAUAAUGCACCAAUAAAUGUGUCGAGUGGUGGUACCUGUAGCACUGUAAGCCAUUUCUUCAUCCAGUUCAAGGUUCCUCUCAAUGAACACUCCCAUCAUUUGUCCCAGAUUGUGCUCAGCUUGUAUCCUAGUCUUGUCUGAGUGGAUCUCCCUGUGGAUCACCCGCAAGGAAUAGUUCCCUGCUCACUGGCUUACUCUGUUAGAAGCAGAAUGACUGUGCAACAGUAUUCCAGGCUAAAACCCAUCUCUGAUGGUCUGAUUUCCUUACACUGCUGCUUCCUUCACUGUCUUGGAUUUCUCUGAACUUGAAGUUUUGAUUAGCUUCCCCUAAAUGCAGGUAUGUUUAUUAUAUAGGAAUAUAUUGUCUCCUUCUCUUUCAAUCUGAUUUCAGUACAACCCACAACUCAAAAAAAUCUCUGGAAUCUCACCCUGUUUCUUUCUGUGUAGCAGUUGAUUCUCCCCAUUAUAUACUUGAUUUUGGCUGCUUGGAUUUAAUUUCUGGACCAAGUUUUGGUUUGGUUUGAGCUUUUUUUUUUUAACAUGUUUAAAUGAGUGUUUACUCUGUGUGUCAGUGUGAACAUGUAUGGUGUUGCUACUACACUAACCAAAGCCUCAAUGCUCCCAGGUAACACCUUAAUAAACCUAGCUGUGGUGGUAUUGAGAGCAGAGCCUGCUGUGCUGUCUCUCUGCUCUUUUCCCUGGAAUUCAUAGGCUGCUCGUAUACACUUGGUUUGCAAUUACAAACCACAGUAUUUCCACUGCCUUGUCAGGGUCCUGGGUGUCUCCAGCCUCUCCAAGUGCUCUUGCUGGUGAGCAUCAUUCAGGGCUGAUUUAGAGCAAUAGCAAGUAAGGAACAGACUUGGCAGGAUCUGGUACUUGCCUGGCUGGUUUUCUCCCUGAUGGGUUGAUCUACUAAAAAACUGUUGAGAAACAGCGCAGGAUAUUAUGGCAUGGACAGGAAUAGUGAAAAGUGGAUUUGGCAUCCUGAGUCUGCGGUAAUUACAAAGACAAGCCUCCUUGACAAGCUGAUCUCCUGAGAGCACCUGACCUUGGCGAGAUGGAAGUGUCUGUGUAAAUUAAGGAGUUGUGUGAGAAUGUGGUCUGACCUGGCUGUUCCCUGGGUGGCAGGUCCCCCUUUUCCUUCUGUGUUUAAAAAACCUGAGGAGGAGACCGACCACUGCUCGUAGGAGGUGAGGACAUGGUGUGACCAGGCUGGGUAACCUGGUUCAUCCCCCACGGGCAGGGGUGGCACCCUCGGACGGUACCAGCUGUAAGCUGCUGACUCCCUGCCUUUGCAGCCACUGCUUCCUAUACUGAAUUGCAGAAUUAUCCUUUCCUAGGCAUAAAGGAGGAGUGAAACCCCUUGCUAUGUCACAGCUUUAGCUGCUUUUGCCUGUGUUGGCCAAAGAAAAGGUGAGGUAUGUGUUUCGUUGCCUCUUUUGUAGCUACGGUACAGAGAGUGGUCAGUGCAAUUAAAAAUCCCUGGUUUUUUGGAAGCCAAAGCCAAACAGCAUUGCCAGGAAAGCACUCUAGUAAAGCCCUGUGUCCCCUGCUCUUGGUCAGUUCUGCAGUUUCCCUCAGCGUGCCAGGUGCCCCAUCAUCCCUGUUCUACCUGCUGUCAAAUUUACACGGCGCACUUUAGCAAAAAGUUUGGGCAAAAAGACUUUUUCUCUUAAAUUUUGAUAAAUAAGCCAGGUAGAUACACCAAGACUUAUUCCUUGCUCUGCUAUAAACUCCUUAAAUACCUUCUCAAAGAAAAGCUUGCAAAGUGUGUUGGGAAGGAACGGGAAGCUGGAAAAGCUGUGUCUGAGGGGCACGAGCGCGUUCCCAGUGCUGACUCUGCCCCGUGGUGGGUGAUCCCGAGUCAGGCAGGCCCAAGGUGGAAGUCACGAGCGUGAGGUGUGUGUUUGGUGAAUGAGCCGUGCAUGUCACCAUCCAAAUCUGCUGCUUUCCUGCUUUGUCUCCCUCUUCCCUUCUGUCAGCUUGGAUGUGUCUCCUGCUCCUCGCCCGUGUUGGGAUGGCAGCGCCUCAGCUGCUUUGGCCUCCGCAGCUCCUCUCUGCUCCUGCAUCCCUGCCCCGUGCCUCAGUGUUAUUUUUCCCUUUGUCUCUUACUGUUGCAAACUAAGAGAAAUGGAUGAUAUUUAUUGUAAAUAUUAGACUUUAGCGUUGUACUGGCCACUCCCGGGUCUGAAUGUUGGAGGCCUUUGGCUGCUGCUGUACUAAAGAGCGCUUGUGGGGGAAGGGGUAGGAGUGACCUGUGGGUUUGUUUGCCACACUUGCAUUAAGGUGUGAUUUGGAGUAUUUUUGUUUUGUUUUGUUUUUCUUUCAAAGAGGGGAGGAUAAAGUCUUUCUCUGGUUUUCUCUUACUGGAUGUGAAGGAUAAUUCUGUACUUCUAGUAGAAGAUUUGACAGAAGUGUGUGUUUACGUUGUGUUCGAUUACCAUAUCCAGGUGGCUGUGAGAGCACCUCCUGUGCUGGGCUCUGCCAAGCCGUGUCACUCAGCACUUAGCUAGAUAAGAGAAAGUGUGGAAUUUCUGUGUUUUUAGAAACUUGAACAAUUGCCACAUAAUAGCGGUGCAAUAAUUUUUAUUCAUGUUGUACCUGCAUGUCGAUGUUCAAAUCCUCCUCCAAAAUAAAUAAUUUUUUUUUUUUUUACAUAAA